CUUCUAGUUUAGAACCAUGAUAGAUCGUUGUCUUGAACAACAGGGAUUAGGAACUAUCUUGGCAAGACAAAAUGAAGCAUAUUGUAAAGAUUAUGUCAUUGGUAGUAUCCAUCGCUGCCUUUUGGAUUGGCCUUUUGGAGGCAUCAGUGGUUCCACGUAAUUAUGGUUGGUUGCUACCGAUCUAUUUAAGUUUAUCACUAGGAUGCUAUGGUCUUCUAAUGGUUGGAGUUGGUUUGAUGAGAUUCCCAACGUGUCCUCAAGAAGCAGGGCUAUUACAAAAGGUUUUCUAUAUUUUUCCCUCUUUAAGCAUUUGGUUGUUUUCCUUCACAGCUUUAAAAUUGUGUGGUCUUACGUAUGAGGAAAGCAGACAAUAUAGAGUUUGUGUACUUGAAAACGAAUAUAACCAAGCGGAGUGCCAGACCGGGAAUGGAAACUUUACCUACUUGCCUGAAAAAAUGACUAUAUUCCCUAGCUAG